UUUCCUUCACGGGGGAGGGGGACGCUUUCUGCUACAAAAAUAGAAAGUCACACUAAAUUUGGUAGUUUCCCCUCUCAGUGCCUUUAAAACGUGGCAUAGUAGCCGAGGCAGCCUUUUUACUGUUGUGAAUCCUAGCUGCCAAGUAGCUUUUAUGCCUCGACGUACACAAAGAGAUGAAUUUUUCUCACUUUAUUUCCUUUGGCAGCUUGCUUUCAAAAAGACUGUGUGGCCGAUGAGUACUAGAUGAGUCGACUGAGUAUGAAUGUCUUCCUGCAGACAUAAAUACCAAUUGAGUUUCAUCAGAAGUUUACUGUCGAAAAUCAGUAGUUGAUAGUAUUUGUUUCCGAAUGUGUUUCUAUGUUUUCUAAAUGGUGGUGUGAUGAACCAUCAAGACAUUGAAAAGAUUAGUAACACUUUAAGAAUCUAAUGAACGUUUUAAAAUAAAAAAAAAAAAAAAAAGAAUCUAAUGAACGUUUUAAAAUAAAGGUCGAAGAAAGACUGAAGUUUUUUUGAGAAAAUUAUUUUGUGAUCCAUAAAUGGAUUCCUAACGCUCUUUCUGAAUUGUAACAAAAUAUCAUUAAUUCGUUGGCUUCACUACUUCUAGACCAGUUGUGAGUUUAUUGUUUAUAAAACACUUGGGUAGUAGUCUAACAGAAUUAUUUUGCAAUUUUAAAACGACAUAAAUUGUUCGAUUUUAGAGUAGGACUGAUCACAGAAAAGACAGCCUGCUUGUCUUAGGCCCCACCCCUCUCAUGUAAGAUCCGAACUAGUAGGUGCAAAGUUCUGUGUUUCUUUACCUGCAGCUACAGUUGGGGAAGAAGGGUGUACACGCUCCUGGGUAAAUUAGCCUCCACCUCUCCCCUAGAUUGAGUCUGUUUAUAUUAAUCAGAAGUGGUUCAGCAGCUGUAGGGAAUGCAUGCUUUCUCCACUGUCAAAAUUAUGUGAGCAUUAUUUGGAAAAAUUUGUUCAUGUAUUCCAAAAUGUACAAAUGUGUAAUUGAAGAAUAUUUGCUGUUUGAAAAACCUGGAAAUGUAUUAUUAGGACAAGGAUGUAAUGAUUGAGAAAUCUUAAAAUGCAUCAGAAGUAUACAUUGCUCGCUUUUCAAAAAUUAUUUUUAAAUGGUCUAGUUAGUCCUUUCAAAUCAGUCAUAAUUAGUCAAGAUGAAGAUGGCAUAUCUAAAAUAGAAUUCAAAAUUGAGGACGAAGUUGUAAAAGAGUCUCCUAGCAUCUUGGCUUCCUCAGCUUUAACAAGAGAGAGACACAUCUCAAUUCAAAGGCAACUUGCUGAUCUAGAGAAGUUAGCUUUUGUAACUGAAGGAGAUUUUGACUCUGCCAGUUCUUUGAAUUCAGAUAAUCUUGAUGCAGGAAACAAACAGGCUUGUCCAUUAUGCCCUAAGGAAAAAUUUAGAGCUUGUAAUAGCCAUAAGCUUCGGCGGCAUCUCCAAAAUUUACACUGGAAAGUCUCAGUUGAAUUUGAAGGUUACAGAAUGUGCAUCUGUCACUUACCUUGUCGACCAGUGAAACCAAACAUUAUUGGAGAACAGAUUUCCAGUAAAAUGGGCGCCCAUUAUCAUUGUAUCAUUUGUUCAGCAACAAUCACCAGAAGGACCGAUAUGCUAGGACAUGUUAGGCGCCAUGUGAAUAAAGGAGAGACUAAAUCCAAGUUUAUUGCUGCAUCUGCUGCUAAACCACCUAAUGAAAUUUUGAAAGAGGCAGACACAGAUGUACAAAUUUGUCCUAACCAUUCUAUACCUCAGAAAACAGAUUCCUAUUUUAAUCCUAAAAUGAAACUAAAUCGGCAGCUAAUAUUUUGUACGUUGGCAGCUUUGACUGAGGAGCGAAAACCUUUGGAAUGUCUAGAUGCCUUUGGAGCAACUGGGAUAAUGGGAUUACAAUGGGCAAAACAUCUUGGAAAUGCAGUGAAGGUUACAAUUAAUGACUUGAAUGAAAACUCUGUGACAUUGAUUCAGGAAAACUGCCAUUUAAACAAAUUGAAAGUGGUGAUAGACAAUAAAGAGAAGGAAGAAAGCGAUGAUAAUCUUGACAGAGGAGAGGAAAACUUUGGUAAUAUUAAGGUGACCAAAAUGGAUGCCAAUGUACUGAUGCAUUUGAGAUCUUUUGAUUUUAUACACCUAGACCCUUUUGGAACAUCAGUGAACUAUCUAGAUUCUGCGUUCAGAAAUAUAAGAAACCUUGGCAUAGUGUCAGUGACUUCUACGGAUAUCAGUUCUUUAUAUGCCAAGGCACAACAUGUUGCCCGGCGCCACUAUGGCUGUAAUAUUGUCCGAACUGAAUAUUACAAGGAGCUGGCAGCCAGAAUUGUUGUAGCUGCAGUGGCAAGAGCUGCUGCCCGAUGUAACAAAGGCAUCGAAGUGCUAUUUGCAGUGGCUCUGGAGCAUUUUGUGUUGGUAGUUGUGAGAGUUUUGAGGGGCCCCACUUCUGCAGAUGAAACAGCCAAGAAGAUUCAAUACCUGAUCCACUGUCAGUGGUGUGAAGAGCGAAUUUUUCAGAAGGAUGGUAAUAUGGUAGAAGAAAAUCCAUACAGACAACUGCCGUGUAACUGUCAUGGAAGCAUGCCCGGGAAGACAGCAAUAGAACUUGGACCUUUAUGGUCAAGUUCCCUUUUCAAUACUGGAUUCCUCAAAAGAAUGUUGUUUGAAUCUCUUCAUCAUGGUUUAGAUGACAUUCAGACCCUAAUAAAGACAUUAAUCUUUGAAUCAGAGUGUAGUCCACAAUCUUCAGUUCACGUAUCUUCUAAUCUCAACAAGCAAGAAGAAUAUGGUGUAUUUAUUAAAACUACAGAUGACACCAUAACAGAUUACAUUGCACAAGGAAAGAGAAAAAGUAAUGAAACAAUCACAAACUUAACCAAGAGGCAAAAGAGUGAUGUCAGUACUGAACACCCGCCCUUUUAUUACAACAUUCACAGACACAGCAUUAAAGGAAUGAAUAUGCCAAAGUUAAAAAAGUUUCUGUGCUAUCUUUCUCAAGCAGGCUUUCGAGUAAGCCGAACUCAUUUUGACCCAAUGGGUGUUCGUACAGACGCACCUCUGAUGCAGUUUAAAUCUAUUCUUUUAAAAUAUAGCACCCCCACCUACACUGGAGGACAGUCUGAGGGCCACGUCCAAUCAGCAUCUGAAGAUACAGUAGCUGACAGGGUUGAAAUGUCAGUGAAUGACAAAGCAGAAGUAAGCAGUUGCAGAAGAUGGUAAACAGGAGUGCAUAUGUGUAUAGAUAACCAAACAGUUCUCUAUACCAACUGUAGUUUGUUUUUUAUUCUUUCAAGUCAGUGAUGUAAAAAUAAAAAAAAGAAAACCAUUGCUGUUUUCUUUCAGAAAAUUAGCAGUUUCUAACUUAGUUGGUUUGGGAGCUGUGCUUUCCAAGUUUUUCUUAUUUUAAAGAAAACAAAAUUUUAAUGAAAACAUUUCAUAGGGAGUCAAGUUAAUGACUGAGAUCACCCUACUGUUUAAUAACUCAGAAAAUUUUCAUAUGUUAAGUGUUUGCAAUUUUAUAUGGUAUAGAAGCCAUCCUUUACUAUUCUUAAUCACAUCUCUACUUAUAUUGAUUUCAUGGUAUUUUCUUGUUUGUAGCAUACAAAAUGAACCUAGAAUAUUGUACCAUACUAAAAUGACCCUGAAUAUAACAACAAUUUGUCUUUUCAGGUCACUAAUAUAUUUUGCAAUUGCAAAGCUAAAAUAAUUGUUUUAAGAAACCACACCUCUCCAUAAAUUGACAUUUUUAAUUUAUUACUAGCUUUUUUGAAAACUUAAAUACUUGCCUGGGAUAGAAAUACAUUUUAAGUGUAAGCUCUAGAUGACUAAACUUCAGAGUAAGGUUUUGUCAAUGUAAAUUGAGACCAUUGUUCUCUUAUAAAAAUUGUUCACAAGCACUGAAGUUCUGAAAAGAUUUUGUUAAACAAAUCGGGUGAUCUCAAGUGCCUCAGUUAUUUAAUGCACGAACAAUAUUCAUUUGCUUGGUUGUGCUACCUCUCAGAAGUAAAACUUGUUACCUUAUUAAUUUAUGAAGUGAAGAUAUCUUGGGCUUGGGGGUUUUUUGGGUUUUUGUUUUUUUUUUUUUUUUUUUUUUUUUUUUUUGGUGUGUGUGUGCUAAUUUUUUGAUUAAGUUACCCAGGCCAACAUAACUGAAAAUGAGUUG